UAUAGCAGACAGACUCUUGACGAGGCCUAGUUGACUUUUUGUGUGUGAUUGAGAUAACAUUGCGGUCACGUUUUACCACAACUAGAGGAUCUAUUAUUUUAUUUUUUUAACUUUUUAGCUCUUAAGACGUCGAAACCAUGGCUCCUGCCAAGAGUGGAGAACUGAGUGAAUAUGAAUUGCAGCGAAUCAAGAACUUGGAGGAAAACCGACGAAUCCUCGAAAGCAUUCGACAAGAACAGAUCUAUACCUAUGGAGAUGUUAAACCAGUUAAACCAGUAAAUAAACAAAAGAAAGAGAAAAAGCCGUCAAGUGGUGAUAGGCCUACAGAGUCAAGGAAGAAAGUUUCCACAGCCGAAUCCUCUGAUGUUGAAAAUUCUGGUGUUGUUAGGAGGAAAUCUUCCAGGCUAUCUGGAAAGAAAAUGAAGAUAUCGUGGAGAAAUUCUGAUGAUGAUGGUGGUGACAAUUCUGAUGAUGAUGAUUUUGAGGGGGACAAGUAUGAUGAAAACACUUGCUCUGAUGAUGACGAUGAAGAGUUUGAAGGUCCCAGGAAGAGAAGACGUGCACAGCCAAAAGGUCCCAAAGGGCCUAAGCAGAAAAUUGUGAUUCCCAAGAACCGUCCCAACUUUUACGGAGCAGUGCCUGGUGUUCAGGUUGGCAGGAUUUGGGAAACCAGAAUGGCAUGUUGUGCUGAUGGAAUUCAACGACCCACUGUUGCUGGAAUUCAUGCAGGUCCUGAAGGUGCUUAUUCCAUCUCACUAUCUGGCGGAUACGAAGACGACAUUGACCUAGGUGAAUGUUUCACGUACACGGGUGAAGGCGGCCGAGCUCUGAAAGGAACUGCAUCCGACCCGAAGAAUUUACGGACCGCUCCUCAGAGUAAAGAUCAAACUCUGACCCGGGGAAAUUUGGCUUUAUCACUGAAUAUCACUACUCGCAAACCUGUCCGUGUCAUUCGAGGGUCCAACCUCAAAAACGAAUUUGCACCUGAAUACGGAUAUAGAUACGAUGGUCUAUACACGGUUGAAAAGUAUUGGCAAUGCGUAGGGAAAUCCGGGUUUAAAGUUUACAAAUUUGCUUUGAGAAGGUGCCCCGAUCAACCCCCACCACCCUGGGUCUCUGGCGUCGUAUCUUACGCCAAUGCUGCGAGUUCGGCCGAAGAAGAUGGUGAAGACAUGGACGAUGACGAUACCGAGGAACAGAAACCUACCGUCCUCAAAGUGAAAUUAUUUAACAAGUGAAUGUCGCUCAUAUUCAACCUUCUUUUAAAAAAAGUUUAGUCUUAUUUAUGUGAUGCGGCAGUAAGUUUAUUCCUGUUUGACUGCGUAUUUUUAUCCUGGAGUGGUCAUUUUAAAACGAGUAUUAACGAAUGAUGGCAUAUUGGCAGAUUGUGAAAUAUAAAAACUGCAUCUUUUU